CGGGCGGGGCGGAGCCGGCUCAGCUCCAGCGCAACCUCCCGCGCCGACUCGUGUGCGCUCGCUUCUCUUUGGCGCGAAGGGCUGGGCUUUGCAAAGGAGAGCCGGAGCCGCGCGUCCCGCUUGCCGCCAGUCUCUCCCCAUGGAGCCGGCCGGCUCUCCCGCGCUCUCCCCGGAGCCCCGCCGCCAAGCCCGCAAACCCCGCACGCUGCCCGGCAUCCCCUGCAGCCUCCCCACCGCCGCCCCCGCCGCUACGAUGUCCCCGGUCACCCACUUGGCCCUCGACAUGGACAACCUGGUCGGGCUGGGCAGUGACUGGGACACCCCCAAAAGGAAAAAGAAGCUGGACCUAGACUUCAGAAAGGAGUGGUCGUCUCAGGACUCGGUCUCUUCGGAAUCGACCGACUCAGGUGUUGGCCCUGACUCUCCUAUGGAGGCAGAUGUGGAGAUGUUUCCUGAGGAUCUGUAAGUCAGCAUGCUCUUCUGUGUAAAAUGGGAAUGGUGUGAGAACUGUGCCCAUAUAAGAAUAUCUAUUUUUAUCUUCUCUGCAAACGUGAGAGUGUUUGGGGACAUGGGAGUUGAAGAAUUCCUUUUAUGUUUUACACAUGUUUAUUUUAUUCCCAAAGUUAAAAUGCAAAAUGAAGAAGCAAAAAAAA